AUGUUAAAAAAGAAGCAACAACAGUUGAAGAAGAAGGCAAGAAAAAAAGAAGGAACUGUAGUUGAUGAAGGCAAGGAAAAAGAAGAAGCUGAAAAAAUAGUAGCAGUAGCUGAUGAAAAAGAAGAAGAAGCUGACAAAGAAGAAGUUGAUAAAGCUACAGCAGGUGAAGAAAAAGAAGAAAAGAAGGUGAGAAAGAAACAACUGUUGAAGGUGAAGGAAAAAAAGAAGGUGAGGAAGAAAAGGAAGGUGAGAAAGAAGCAGUUGUUGAAGGUGAACGAAAAAAAAAAGUUAUUUCUGCAGCUUUUCAUUAAAUUGGAAUGGGAAACAAUGAUUCAUUGCUUCGACUGGAGAGAUAAAGCGGUAGAAAGACCAACAUAG